GCGCCUCUCCUGAGGCCCUGACGAUCCUUGUGUACGGUCACGACGAGUGUAUUCUUCCUCCAUGCCUGCCCCUACCCCGGACGCGUUCCGCCCCGCCAGGCUACUGGACUCCGAGAAUACCGAGGAGGAGGAUGUCAAGCCCUUCAUCAACAAGUCUUAUGGUCGCUCUCGCGCGGGGACCAAGGCGUCUGGUGCAUGUGUCCAUUGCAAGUCGCUGAAGGUCCGCUGCGAGUUCAGUCCUGGUGCCUCCGCCUGUCAGAGAUGCAUCGCAGGCAACUACGACUGCCUUGCUCGCACUCGCAAAAAGCGCAAGCCUGCACCGACGCACGAGGAGCUCAUCCAGCGCGCCCAAAGCCAGGAUAUGGAGAUACAGGACCUGUUGCUGCGAUUCGACCGCAUUCGAGAGGAUGGUCGGAUACGCGACUGGAUGGCGCGGGCCCAGCCUGACCUGCGCCACACUUCAUCCCACCCCUCAGAAUUCUCACCUUACGAGGCACGAGUACACCGUCCGAGAUGGGUGCCAACAGGAGACGAAGGCGCCGCCGAGAUGGCCUGCCUCUCAUACUUCGCACAUGGCGACGCGAACGUUCUGAGGGCACCUGAUGUCGUCCGAUAUUGUGAACUCUAUCCGCAGGACGUGCAGGAUUUAUUCCGCGUCUUCUUCGAACGAAUCAACCCCUUCUUCUCCAUUCUGGACCCCGAGCUGCACACCCCUGGGAACCUGAUAUGGUCUUGUCCAUUUCUUUUCACUGUUGUCUGUGGUCUUGCCUGCAGGUAUGACGAUUCUCGGCGGCACAUGUACGAGUUGGCCAUUGGGUUCGCGCGUACUGCGGCUGGGAAUGCGCUGGUCAACGGGCUGAAAAGCGUGGACGCUUGUCAGGCGUACCUUCUACUGGGCAUGUAUCCGACGCCGAAAAGAAACUACGCCGACGACCGUAGCUGGAUGUUUUUGGGUGUUGCUAUCAGGAUGGCCCAGGAACUCGGGCUUGACCGUCCCCCCUCGCUGGAUCUUCCCGUCCGGGAGCAGCUCAAUCGGACCAGGGUGUGGUUGAAUUGCUACUGCGUCGACGCAGCGCAGGCCGUGCAGCUCGGCAAACCGCCUAUGAUUUCUCCAGACGACUUCCUCGCGAGGACAUCAGCGAGUUGGUGGCAGACGUCACCACUGAACACGCCCUUCGACGUCCAUCUGUGCGGCUAUAUCAGCUCGUUGCGCUUGGUGUGGGAGUGGCGCUCGAAGGCGCUCACGAAGGAAGGAGACGCCGUUGCCUCAACGUGCGACCACGCAGAGCGCCUAGUACAGGACAUGUAUUCUUGGCAGCAGAUCUACGAGCAACACUCGGUCUGCCAAUACAGGAUACUCCUCACCCCAUUACUGGUCUCGUACUUGCGCUUGACUAUGCUCGCCACUGGCGUCCGGCAGAUGAUGAAGAAGGGUGCUUCCGGCUUGACGCGGAGUUGUAGGGUGUUCAAGGACGCCUACAAUGCGGCGAAGACGGUCAUCGAGACCAUGUUGGAUCGUCUGUACUACACCCGCCAGCUGCGCUACGCGCCAGAAGACCAAUUCAUCUACGUGUCAUACGCCGCCGCUUUCCUGAUCAAUCUUCUGCGCCCCAAGUUUCGUCCACUACUCAGUGACAGCGAGCAGCAGGACAUCGUGUCGCUGGUGAAUCGCCUCAUCGAUGUGCUCGGCUCGAAGGAUGUGGCGUUGGACGAUCGGCAUACGCCUGCGCUACACUCCCGCUUCCUCGAGAACCUGCUUGCCAAACGCAACCUGCGGAGAAGUGAGAGUGACAGAUCAUCCAGGUCAGACAGCGGUUCCCCGGGCCACCUGCUCGCGCAGCUCUCCGACGAGCGCUACCACACCCCUCCCAACCGCUACGUCUGGCCCGACGUGGGCCAGGACGUGUCCCCGGGCGGCAGCCUGGUGUCGUCCGGCGGUGAUGUCUCCCCCAGCCCAAGCGCCGUGUUCCGACAAGUCGGCGACCCUGACAUGGAUUUCAGCAUGAACCACUUCCUCCGCGCCGUCUCGCAGCAGCAGCCCGUCCCUCAGUAUACGGCGGAAAUUCCAGCGAGCUCGGCGAUCCCCUGGUCGGGGGAUUGGGGUCUAUCGGAACCGCAGGCAACGACGUCGUGGUCAACAUACGCUGCUCCCACCUGGAAAUAAUGGACUGCCUACAAAAAAGAAAGAAAUCGCUGGCGAUUAUCCGGAUAUCUAUGUAGCUUGCUUUCUUCGGGUGUAGCUUACUACUGUGCCCCUUGUAAUUUGUGUUCCUCCAUCCAACUUCGUCCGACCGAUGUACUUUACAUACCACCCUACCUUACUUACUUGCUGCUCGGAUUGUUAUGCGCCGCCGAUAUGUCCUACUGUAGUACUUCCUGUAUGAUCUUGGAUUAUGCAUGGUGCGGUUUCGGUUAUCAGAAAAGGAGUUUUCUCGC